AUAGGAUUAUAUGUUUCUAAGCUCUCUGAACCGUGAUUGUGAGAAAACCAGCAAGUUCCUGCAAAUGCAGGGAUAGAAGUUUCGUGUACAACGAGCAGUCGUUACUCAACGGUGAGCUACGUGCAUCCAAUGAGGGGCAGACCUCAUUUCACCAAAAGAAAAGAUUGCAGCGACACAUGGACCAUGGACCAAGCCGGCUGCGACCCUAGGACAAAUGUGUAUUUGUUCCACAGUUUGGAAAACAGAAAGCAAAAUGAAGAAUACUAUGAUGACAAAUCAUUGAUUGCACAGCCCAUAUUUGUUUUCAAGAAGAAAGACCGACCUUGCAAGAGGCCUGCAGAAGACUAUGAAUGCAAAACUGAAAAUGUUUUCAUGGAUUGUUCCCGAAAAAGGGCAAGAGCUUCCUCAUUUUCUUUUCAAACAUCCUACUCCCCAUCUUACGAAGAAACAGCACUCUCCCAAAAACGAAUGAGAUCAUCUUCAUUUACCAUCCUGCCAACAUUCCCACCAUCUUCACCAGUAAAGAAGAACAACAUAUUCAUGACAUCAACAUUGUUGCAUAAGGGCCCUGAAGUGAACGCCACAGAAAAAGGUCUUUCAUCACCAACUGUACAACGGGUUGUUUUAAGGCCCGCCGUUUUACAGCCUCCACAAACUCCUUUGUGUAGAGAAGUUAUGAAUAUAGGUGCUGAAAAUGUUCUGGAGGAUGAACAUAAAGCAAUCUCUGAGGUAUCUGAAGAGACUUGCUCCCUCAGAAACUGCUCAGAAAACGCAUUUUUCUCUCUACAGCUUUCAGGCCCUGAAACAACAGACAACCUGCUAGCUGAAAGCAAAAUGCCUGCAAAUGAAAAACAUCUUAACUUUGUGUUUGGAGAAAAUAUAGUGGAAAGAGUUUUGAGGCCUGAGCAACUUCCGGAACUUCAUUCUGCAAGUGAGUCACAGAACAGUGAAGAAGAAGCCUCAUUCGCAACAGAUUUUACUACCAGUUCUCCAUGGACAACACCAGUUGUUGUGAAGAAUACAACACUAGUAGAAUCAGCUGCCUCUUACGCUUCUAAGACACCAACACAGCAAUAUUUAUUAGAUAAAGUUGAAGUUAGUACUGGAGAAGAAACAGAACACAAUGUGUUGCAGAUCAACUGCAAACUGUUCUUAUUUAAUAAAACAUCAAUGUCCUGGAUUGAAAGAGGAAGUGGCUCUUUGAGACUUAAUGAUACAUCCAGCAGCCAGUGUGGGAUGCUACAGUCAAGACUGGUCAUGCGGAAUCAAGGAAGUAUGAGACUCAUCCUGAAUGCUAAACUCUGGAGCCAAAUGGUUAUACAAAGAGCAAACCGGAAGAGUCUGUGCAUCACAGCAACAGAUCUGGAGGACCAUUCCGUCAAGGUGUUUCUAAUACAGGCAAGUUCAAAAGACAUUGGUUCUCUGGAUGCAGCAAUCCAUCAUCGCCUGGUGGCGCUAAGGAGCUUUGCUGAACAGGGAUGUGAUGCAAGCCAGGUGGAGCCAGAGCUUCCAAACUGUGACAGCGAUGAAGAAGAGACUGAGAAAAUAACUCACAUGAAGGAUAAUGAAUCAGAUCAUUCUCAGUGGAUCCGCAGACAGUCUGUGGUUUGCUCGUGACAACGUCCUACCUCUAAUUCAGACAAUAAGGACAGAAACUCAUCUUGUUGACCUGUCCCUAAGUGAUCGCAUGGACCCGAGGGAGCUUUGAGCAUUUGCUUUGUUAUUAAGGAGGCCCAGACGAACUUCUGCCAGUUGACAUUAGAAGCAAUAUAUUAUGUGAAGAUGCACUUUGAGAGUUCCAGUCAUCAUUCCUUUUCAUUGGCUUGGACAGUAUCAGAGAACGGUCCCAAUUCUUUGAGAAAUACAUAUUUAAAAGUUUCAGAUUUUCAUAUGAAUCAACUCUGAAGAACAAUUUUAAAGAGAGAAAAAAGAUCACCCCAGUCCAGCUUUCUUCAUCACACUGAUGGAAUCCAUCAUUUCUCUAUGAAUUAUUUAACCUGUUAUUUCUAAAUAUUUAUCUCUACGGUGGCCUUUUGUGAAAAUCUGUGUAAAAUCCACUUUGGACACGAUUAGAAACGUUUUGUAACUUUUAGAAUCUUAAUAAGUGGUUCAUAUUUAUGCCCAAAUACUUUGUGUGUGAUAGGGCUAUUGCAGGGGAUCCCCCCCACCCCCCAGUAAAUACAACAGGUCCCAGUGGGAAAGGCAGAUCCUCAAUGAAAUAACCUGUCCGUAGAAACAGAGCUUUGCAGGUGAAUAUGUUAUACACCUGGGAAGCACAGGAGAAGACUGAGCAGCAAAUGUUCUAUCCCAUAGGCUCCCUCUCUACUUAAAACCUAUUUAUUGAGCAGCGUUUUAUUAGAGGGGACAACGGUCUAGUCUAGAUGGAGCCAAACAGUUACAAAUAUAAAACACUGUUUCAUUAAAAUGGUUUUUUUUUUUUCUUUGUAAAAAUCUGUUGCAUUAUUGGAUAUUAAUAUAACACUAAGGGAAGGGCUUUCGAACGGCUAGGUUGGCAGGAGCUGGAACGAAAGCAAGAAAUUGCAAGC